UAGAGACCUUGGAACUGUUGGAAGGUAAAUUCAAUACAAUCUUUUUAAAUGAACUUUGCUUCUAAAGUUGUAUUAAACCCUGAGAACCAUAUUAAUUUAGACCUUCUGGAGUAAUACUGGUUAUGUUGCUGAGUUUAUUAUCACUCUUUAACAUAACUCUUCUCAUUAGUUUUCCUUUAAUCCGUGUGCUUUAUGGUCUAAGCUCUAGUGAAAUAGAGAAAUAUGGUUGUUUUGUGAGUAGCUUGUGACUGUACUAAAUGUUAGGUAGCUAUAUUUGGCUUUGAGGCUGUCUUACUUUUUUUUCAAAUGAGUGGAAUCAAAUGACCAUUUAAGAGAAUCAUAUACAUAGAGACAUGUGUGUAUUUGUGUGUGGGGGCACUUUUAUGUUCUUGGAUUCUAGUUUAACUGAUUUGGUUUGUAGCAAUUAUGAAUCCUGAAUACUCUAAUCCUUUUAUCAGUGUCCCAUAAUUGUAAACUUAUGAACAACUUUGAGUAUAUAUAUGUAUUUAAACUCAUUAGUUCUUUUUGUAUUCACUUUCGCACUUUUUUCUUGACUGUUCCUUUUCAGAAAAAAGUUGAAUAGAAAAUAAGAACGAGGGGUGUUGAAUUAUUUGCAUGUGUCAUGUGUUCUGCAGAUAAACCCAUUUGGGUGUUAUUUUUAUUAUAUGUUGUUUUCUCACUUUUGUUUGAUUCUAUAGCAGCACAAUUUGACUAAAUAGCCCCACACACAUAUAUAGCAAAAGAUUUCAGAACAUUAAUAAGAAAGCAAAAAAGUUGAUCGGUUCAUGAAAAGAAAUGGUACUACACACGCAAGUUGUUUAUUCUUCUUCCUUGGACAUUUCUUGAUUGUUUAUUCCUUGUAAAUUAAAACAUUUUUUUCAUUUAUAUAUGAACCACAUUGUCCCCACAACUCUGGCUGAAUCUUUAAGCUGUAUCCACUAGAUAAUCUAAGCAUGUAUGUCUCUCUUUCUCUCUGUGUGUAUAUAUAUUUAUUGCAAACAUCUCCCUCCUUUCCUUUGUGACCAAAAGUGUAGUGCGAACCAUUUGUGAAACAAUCUCUUCAAGCUUCUUGUCUGCUCUUCAUCUUUUUUUGUUGUUUUAACCAAAGAAGUCUACAAAGUGAAGCUCUAUUAAUGGUCCUAGAUCUAAUUUUGCUUUUACUUUUCUCUUUUUGUUCGAUAUAGACAUUGUUACAAGUCCUAUUCAUCCACUUCUUCACUUUUUUUUUUGUUAUCUUACUAAAGCAUUGGUGAUGAAUCUGCAGAUGGAGUCUGUGAAACCAUUGGAUGUUGUUUCUUCAGGAAAAGGAAAACUCAGACGCACAUUUGCUAAAGUCAUCAACAUGAAAAAGCUAACCGGUGUUGUUCCAGAAGGUAACAACAAGGUUGAAAGAGUGAAGAAGAGCCAAGAAAAGGUGAAGUUGGAUAAAGAUUUAGCAAAGAAUGCUGCAAAUCUGUCUGAGUCCUUUGACAAGCUGGAGGAAGAGUAUGAGAAAAGACUGGCCAUGGAGGCUCUUCUUGCAAAGCUGUUUGCUACGAUUUCUUCGAUAAAAUCUGGUUAUGCGCAGUUGCAGUAUGCUCAGUCUCCUUAUGAUCCAAAUGGGAUUCAGAAAGCAGAUAACUUGGUAGUAGCAGAGCUGAAGACAUUAUCAGAGCUGAAACAGAGUUUCUUGAAGAAACAGCUUGAUCCUAAUCCUGAUAGAACUCUUGUUCUUGCGGAGAUUCAAGAGCUAAGAAGCGUCUUAAAGACUUAUGAGAUCAUGGGGAAGAAGCUGGAGUGUCAGUUAAAGCUCAAAGACUCUGAGAUCAUAUUUCUCAAAGAAAAGUUUCAAGAAUCCAUGACUCAGAACAAGUUGAUGGAGAAGAGAUUAAACCAAAGUGGCCAACUUUGCAAUCCAUUGGAUCAUAAUCUUCAUCUAUCGGCGGUAAGUUCGACCCAUUUCGUUACUUAUCUGCACCACACUGUCAAAUCCAUCCGAGGAUUCGUCAAGUUGAUGGUUGAGCAGAUGAAACUCGCUGCUUGGGACAUCGAUAUGGCUGCUGAGUUAAUUCAGCCUGAUGUACUCUAUUACAAGCAAGACCACAAGUGUUUUGCCUUGGAGCAUUAUGUCUGCAAGAUAAUGCUUGAAGCUUUUCAACUACCUUACUUCUCAAACGAAUCAUCGAAGAAGACGAGCAGAGAAGACAAAGCAAUGUUCUUUGAGAGAUUCACAGAGCUUAGAUCGAUGAAACCAAGAGAGUAUUUAGCAUCUCGGCCUAAAUCAAGAUUGGCUAAGUUUUGCAGAACUAAGUAUUUGCAGCUCAUACAUCCAAAGAUGGAGCAGGCAUUCUUCGGACAUUUGCAUCAAAGAAACCAAGUCACUGCAGGGGAGUUUCCAGAGACGAGCUUGUGCACUGCGUUUCUCGAAAUGGCGAAAAGGGUUUGGCUUUUACAUUGCCUUGCUUUCUCCUUCGAUCCUGAAGCUUCAAUCUUUCAAGUAUCUAGAGGUUGCAGAUUCUCCGAAGUGUACAUGAAGAGCGUGUCGGAGGAAGCGUUUUUCUCACCGGAGCAAGAAGAAAGCUCGUCGGAAACUGAACCGGGGGUUGCGUUUACGGUUGUUCCUGGGUUUAGAAUUGGGAAAACGACGAUACAAUGUGAGGUCUACCUCUCGCGUUCAUGUCAACGCCGUCAGAGCAGAUAGAUUCCGGUGAUGACGUCACAGGGGUAUUAGGGUAAUUUAUCUUGGGGAACUUUUUGGGGGUAGGAAAAUAUAUGAGAGAAAAUUUGUUGACCGUUGGAUUAAGAGAAGAGGCAAGUAUGUAUGUUGCUUGUUGAGAUUUAUGGUUUUUAUUUUUAUCUUUGUCAAUAUUAGAGCAGAGAGAGAGUCAGAAGCAUCUCUUAGCUGUUUUCCAUCAAAUUAUUAGAUGUUGUCACUACCUUAUAUCAUAUGUAAAUUAUUCGUAAUAAUUAGUAACUAUUGCUAUUUUCAU